AUGUCCCGCAAUAAUUAUCUAAGCUCGUCUCCGUCCAAGCUGUUCGACCAGCUGUUUGAAGAGGCUGGUCUUCAGCAGCCGCCGCUUACCGCGACGUCCCAGGCGUCCGGAACGGGAUGGACCCCCUUCAUCGACAAGGUCUUCACUACAAACAACGACCGGAUCCGCCCUCCGAUGUCGUCUCCCAGCAAGCUGGAGAUCCACGAGGUCCAGAUGCACACGCCCGCGGCAGACAAGUCGCUGAAACUGUCGGAUUUUUUCAUCGAUACCCCAACGCUUAACCAAUACGAUCUCGGAACGCUCUUAGGAAUAGAGAAUGAUAAUAAGGAAAACCACCCGCUGUUUGCCAACAUGGACACUCCGAAUUUCAAAACGCCGCUCCACGAACUCACACAUACCCCGAAAUUACUGCAAAGCACCAGCGUUAGACGACUUAGUGCGAAAAUCAACACUCCUAGUAAUUUUAAAACGCCGCUCAAAGAACACCACCAAUCGUCUCCGUCCACCAUUGUGCUCGCCUCAGCACAGAAACAGCCCGCUACCCAAAUGUCGCCCACGCCUGCAGCAAAGUCCCAAUUCAAAUCGGCUCCGUGUCAGCUGGUGAAAUCUGCUUCCAGCAUGGAACCUGUGAUAGGCAUUUUCCAGGACCAGAAACCCACAGCACAGAAUACACAACCGCAGCAGCAACAGCAGCGACGGCCCGAGGCAGGCGCGGGCAAGUUCCAGAUAAUCUUCACAGACAUGAACACGCUUAAAGGCAACUACGGAGCAAGAAAGGGGAAAAAGAAGCUUGCACGCACAAGCAGCGCCGGUGAGGCGCUAUCCAAGCGCAGGAAAUUGGUGAAAUACAAUUCAGAAUCGGCAAAGGACAAUCUCAGGACAAAUAAGAAUUAA